CGAACAGCAGGCAACGGAGAGCAGUCGAAAACCCUCAUAUUCCUGUGUGGCGUGGUCGCAUUUACGCUGUAGUGUAUGUUCUAGUGUGAGUAACUCGCCGGCUAAUAGGUUGCGGUAGUGUUGGUAACUUGCUGCGAUUCGCACAGCUUUGUUUGUCGCACACUGUCUAGCCGUUUCGUGGCCUGUCGGCAAUCUUUGGUCUCUUGUUCUUAUCAAGUUGGUACUCGUUCAACCGCAACCACGGCGCCCUCAACCGCAAAUUCUCUUCAGAAUCUAAAGAUGCCGAAAAUCACAACAGUUCGGUUACAUCCGACAGCCUUGUUCACUAUCGUGGACUCGUACGAGCAUCGAAGUGAAAACCAGCAGAGGGUUAUCGGCACCCUGCUAGGAUCGUUUGACUUCGCUAAGGGAGCCGUCGAUAUUACCAACUGCUUCCACGUAAACCACAGCGAAAGCGGUGAUGAGGUCGGAUUAGAUUUGGAAUACGCAAAAACGACCACAGAAUUGCACCGACGCGUCAAUCCGACCGAGCAAGUGGUGGGUUGGUUUGCGACCGGCGCUGAAAUUCCUAACACGUCGGUGCUUAUCCAUCAGUAUUAUUCGUCGUUAACAAAGCACACACCGGUUCACGUUACGGUCGAUACAUCGAUGGAGGGUAGCGAUUCGAGGAUGGGCAUCAAGGCUUACGUUGGCGUUAAUUUUGGAGUCCCGCGACAUACAGUUGGCACAAUGUUCCCGCCCUGCAAAGUUGAAAUCGUUGGCUAUCAGGAAGAAACAGUAUCACUGCGAGCUUGCCAGCGAACGCGAGAGGUUCCAGAGGGAAGUACGACUGGUGUGGAGCUACCGACUGACCUGGACACGGUUAUCGAGGCCUGUGUGGAUAUGCGACAAAUGCUUAAGAUCGUCAUUGAUUACGUUGAUAAUGUGCUGGCAAAUCGCAUCCCAGCAGAUAACACCGUGGGUCGUCGACUAAUGGACAUGGUCCACUCGGUGCCGAAAAUGGAUAACGAACGUUUCCAGGAAGUGCUCAACGGAGACAUGAAGGAUCUACUAAUGGUUGCCUAUCUAACAAUGAUCACUAAGACCCAACUGUGCAUCAAUGAGAAGCUCUGCCUCAUGUAAAUCAACACCGAUCGACUCAAGCAACGCAAGGAAAUUUAAUCCAGCGUAAACAACACUACCAGCAAAUAUUCUGUUAGCUAGUACAACAUACAAAUAUAUUUUGUUCACGUGAAUCUGUUUAUAUACGAAUUCCUGCUGAUCAUUUAGUGUUAACAGCUGAUACCGAACCCGAUGUCGCGUCGUAACGACAUAAUAAUUAAUAAUGAAUAUGAUCGCUAUAUUAACAAAGGGUGGCAAAGAAAGGAGACGAAAGAGUUCCGGCUGUUGCCGCGAUAAGCUAGUAUGCUGGGAGUGCCGUGUUAAGGAACGACGGAAAGCGAGGAGCAAAUGUAGAACAAUUUGCGCACA